GUGUAGAAAAUGUGGAACCGGUGAAGGUGAUAAGGGACAUAUGGCCUUAGUUGCCGGUCUCUUUUUUCGUGGUUCAGUCUUACGGAUUACCUUGUGAAGGCCCAGGAAGCUGGAUUCAUCAGGUUGACCAGAGUAUAACCACACAGACGAAGAAGAAGAAGAAGGUGAUAAGAAUCGGAAACACCCUUCCUUUCUGAAGAAUAAAGGAUUAAAGUUAGCCGCAGAACGCUCCCGCGCCUUAACAUGGAAGUUCCUCUGGAGACCACGGAACAUGCAUUACCAGAGGUGAAAUAUGAAUAUCUUGACCACACGGCUGACGUGCAGUUGCAUGCCUGGGGAGAAACGUUGCAGGAAGCGUUCGAACAGUGCGGGAUGGCAAUGUUUGGCUACAUGACGGAGCUGCCGACGGUGGACAUUAAGAAAUGCUAUCAAAUCACUACCGAGCCGACGGACGAUUUGGACAACAUGUUGUUCCGGUUUCUCGAUGAACUAUUGUUUCUCUUUUCGGCGGAACCGUUCCUCAUCUGCAAGAAGCUCGUCAUAACAAAGUUCGACCUGGAACAGUUUACCAUCGAGUGUAAUUGCUACGGGGAAGAGUUUGACCUGCAGAAACAUCCCCAAGGUACGGAGGUGAAAGCGAUAACGUACUCUGCGAUGCAAAUUUACCAAAAGCCGCAGCACGAGAAAAACGAAGUGUUUGUUAUAAUUGAUAUUUGAAUAUUAAAUUACGCGCUGACCUUUUUCAACAUUCCUGGAGUGAAAUUUGGA